UUCCAUACGAAUAGAUGUCAGUGAAUUUUUCUUCAGUUUUUUUUCUGUUUUUUUUUUCAAAAUUAAAUGUUCAUCAUCUAUUGGCAAAUAUUACUUCUACUUACUGUAAACAUAUUGAAUAUUAUGUCAAUUUUUAUAAGUUUAUUGACAUCAUUCAAGAAUUCAAAUGAAUUGUUUAUCGAAAAUCGUCAUUUUUAUUUGCUUUAUUUUUAUUUUUCAUUUAUUUAUUUUACUAUAACAUUAUGGUCAUUGUAUCAUUUAUAUUGUGAUAAUGAAUUUAUAUCAUCAUAUUCAGAUGUUGGUACAUGUUUAUCCAUUUUAUGCAUCAUUGAUUGUCUAUUUUUAAGUUAUUUAUUUUUUGUUGAAUUUCCAAUCAAAAUCAAAAUACAUCCAAGCAGUAUUUUUAUCUGGCCUGGUCUUAUUAUUUAUAUCAUUUCAACAUUACGUAUGAUAUUCAUACCGAUUUUGAUUCAUAUUUUCAAUUAUGAUCUAUCACAAUAUGAAUGGAAUAAAUCAUAAAAAAUGAUAAUAAUGAUUCAAUGAUUAAUGUUUUGGAGAGAGAAAGAGAGAGACAAAUUAUGGACCCAAAAACAAAAACAAAAAACAACGACAACAACCGGAAAACUUGUAACAAA